GUCGGUGGCCACACCGUCAUGGCGUUUCUCAUUCCCUCCCAUCUCCCUCGGAGGGCCCUUCCCCAGGAUGUCUCAUCUAGCAUUCUCAACAAAAUCGACGCUGCGACGAACGAGUCGCUGAAUGCGGCGCUGGCGUCGUCGUGGAUCCAAGAACUCAACGACAUUAUAUACGCAACCAAGAAACGCAUACACGAGCGUAUCCAUGAGGACUUUCCAAAAUUUGAACAACAGCUAGCGUCAGCCAAGUCUCUGCAGACACGUCUGCAGUCCUUAACCAGGGAGAUCGACGGUCUCUCUGACAAGUUGUCACGACCAGAGACAGGCCUGAUACCGACGCUAAUACACUCUCUUACGGAGCAUGUAACCUUGGCGCAAGAAAACGCGGAUGCAGAAGUUCUCCAUGGCUGCCUGUCUCAUUUAUUGCGGUGUCGAACGGAACUCGAAUCUUUGGACAGUCUGGUAAAUGCUGGAAAGCUUCCAGACGCUGUGGCCGCUUGCAAGGAAGUGGAGGUAUUACUUACCGAUGUUCCUCUGCCAUUGACGCACAGUGAUGUUCUUGUCGACCUCAAGAACAAAUUCCGUUCUGCAAAAGCUCGCAUUGAGGAUCAACUGGGUGAGGCAUAUACCAGAAUCAUAUCCGUGUCUCCAGAAUCCUUAAUCGUCCGACCCUCUGUGCAAGUUCGACAAGCGGAGACAGUACUGAAACUUUCACACCUGCUAUCCUCUCUGUCUGAACAGGCUUUGGUGAACUACCUUAACAUUCUACGACGCGACCUCAUGACAAACUACGUGGACCGUAUACUCCGAGAAGACAUCUCCAUCAUCGUAUCAGCGAACGAAAUCUCUUGCGUCCAUUCUUCGGGGAAGAACAAAAUUGACGGCCUGUCGAAUGUCUUGUCCUUCCUUUCCACCCACCUCUUUCUCUUCCUCCCUCAGCACCAACAGGUUCAAUUUCCCCAGUCGCUAUGCAAACCACUUAGUCUCAGUGUUCUCAACAACCUUUUGAUGCCCGCCUUGCCAUCUUCCUUCAAUCAGCUUCCUCCCUUCAUUGAUCUCGUCCGGUGCGCCGUUGAAUUUGAAGCCAAAUUCAUCAUAGGCAUUCUUGGAGGCGAUCAACAUGACAAUUUAAUACACAGUUGGGCGGAAGGCGUGGCUGGACACUACGAACGGCGAAGAAGACUUCAGAUUUUGGACGCGUCAAGAGUUCUCAUCAUGUCGCCCCGCAAUAAAUACGGCGUUCUCACUAUGGAAGUUGAAUUACAGACGGAAAGUCGCCAGCCUACUGUUGUCCCAGUACAGGCCGAUGAUAGCGCCCCUGCGGGCGAUGAAGACGCAUGGGGAUUUGACAACAGAGAGGAGAAGGCUCGAACAGAAAGUGACAUCGAAGGUUUGGAGUCAAAUGGAAAUGGCUGGGAAUUCGAUGACGAAAUUGACAUGGAGGAGGAUGACGGAAAGCAAGGAAAUGGUGACAAUGAGGAUGAUCCCGGAGACGCUUGGGGUUGGAAUGAUGAGGACCAGUCUUCCGAGGCCCUUCCUGAAGAGACGGCUUGGGACGAUCCUUGGGGUGACAUGCCCACGGACGAUCCUGCUCCUCCUGUUCCUUCUGUCGCAUCCCACGGAGCUGCUGACACAUCGGCAAAGGCGAUGAGUAAAUGCAAUGAGGGAGCUAACGGGAACUCUCGUAUGAGCUCUCAGAAGACGGCAGCACGCGUUGUUCCCCACAAACUGCCGGAAAAGCGGCCACCCAAGCUCACUUUGACGGAGACUUACUUAGUUUCGGGACAGGUGAUGGAGAUACUCAAGAUUGUUGAAGACAUCCUCAAUGAAGGGGCGGAGUUGGCCGCUUCCAAUAUUUUUCCGUCAUCAAAGUCGCCCAUAGGAAAUCUUCUGUUGCAAACGGCGCCAUCGGUUGUGGAUCUCUACAAAGCACUGUAUCCUGUGGUGUUCAGUGGAGAACUGAAGACUGCGGUGGAUGCUCCACUGCGGUUUUCGAAUGACUGCCUGUAUCUCAGUCAAGAGCUGGAACGAAUUGACGCGGGUACCGUCGAAGAGCGAAUGCAAGAGUCCCGGGAAUGCUUGAAGAUUCUGGGCAACAGUUGGCUGGAUGAUACCAUUGAACAAUACAGACAGUCGGUCGAUGAAAUCAUUAAGGAUGGUGCUGUAGGGUUUACGUACACGGGAGACCAGGACCGAUAUGACGAAUGUGAAGCGGCCCUCAACAGAGUUUUGCAAGACAUCAAGCGCCUUGCGCAACUUUGGAAGGGGAUUCUCACGAAGAGUAAAUAUUACAUGGCUAUCGGAUCUGUGACGGAGGCUGCGCUCUCAAGGGUCUUGGUGGAUAUUCUUGCCCUGCCUGAUAUCCCAGAAGUAGAGUCAGGGCGGUUGGCAGAGCUAUGUCGUAUUCUUCAUGCUCUUGAAGGUCUAUUCGUUGAGGAUCCGGAACAGCCGUCUUUUGUGGUAGCAUAUGCGCCAUCAUGGUUGAAGUAUUCUUAUCUAUCAGAGCUUUUAGAAGCAUCCAUGGCAGACACAACAUAUUUAUUCGAGGCAGGGGCUUUAGUGGACUUUGAGGUUGAUGAACUUGUGAGACUCGUUCGCGCUCUAUUUGCGGACACGAAUCUACGAACUAUUACCAUUAACAAGCUGUUGCAAGGGCAUCCCAACCGAUCAGAUUCAUGAUGGACCUGUAUUAUAUAGCAAGCUAUUCAAACGUUCUAUGACUUUCCAGCAACUCUUUUGUCCUGAUAUGAUUUUAACCUGCUAUGAUAUACAUGUCAGAUAAGUUACAGUGCGUAAAAAGGAAACUUGACCUUUUGUAAUCUCGGUCAGCCUUUGCCUGUGGAUUUAGCUUCUUCGAUUCAUCGACUGCGUCUUUCGCGUCUUUGCCCUUU